AUGAUGGUCGAACAGGUGUUUCCAUCAUCACCCACUGUAGUUGAAUCCGUAUUCCCACAUGGGCAAUUUAUGGUAGAGCAGGGGCUCCCACACGGGGUUACAGCGGUCGAGCAGGGGCUCCCGCUUCAAGCUUCGACGGACGAGUAUGAUAUAAUUCCGUCACGCGAUUUCGAGAUCCUGGAUGAGGACACCCAGUGUCUAGAGGAAGGUGAUGGAUUGUCACCUAGCUGCGGAUCGCCAGCUUCGAGCAUGAAGUCGAAGCACGAUGGGGACGCAAGCAUCGAUAAUACAGUGUUCAAAUGCGUCCACGCUGUCGCGUACGUGGACGGGAGUCCGCAAAGGCGCCAAUUCAUUAAAGUCGCGAGUCCACCUCGCGACGCGUCUUCGAUCACGAGGCUUCCAGGGAUCUCCUGGAAGCAUUUCCUACGUGACCUAAUGGGAGGUAUGGUGGAACAUGUUUGCCUGGUUAUUAACGAGGUGAAACCUGAGCUAAACAAGGAGCACUUGACGCGCCCUCGAAGCGCUGCACCAUAG